AUGGAGGAAAACGAAAGUAGGCACAUGUUUCUCGCUUCCGAUACUAGAUCAGAAUUACUUUCUGAUGUCCAGAAAUGCUUAAAGUCUCGAAAUAUUUCUUACGACAAAACAUCUGUGGUCAAAAGAGUUCGAGAUCUUUAUGAUGGUGACUACUGUAUUCCUAAAGGCUGCCUACCAAAAGUCACGAAUGAGGUCUUGGAGGAAAUUUGUGCAGAGUUGAUAGAAUCAAAUACAAAUCGACAUUUAAAGAUAUGCAAAGCAACAACUUCCAAACACUUUGGCUUGACAUUCUACCUUGAAAGGCCAUUGACACUGAAAUCUACUCUGGUGCCAUUUUGGCAGAACAGAAUUGCUGAAUCUUCGUUUUGUAAUGUUGGGAAAGGUAAACAUGUCUUGGUUGUUUCUUCUGACUGGCACAAAAGGAACAGUGGUGACCUGGAGAACUUACGGUCCACUGUUUUGACGGAACAUGUGACAUAUAUCUUAAAGGAAGCAGGGUAUUCUGUAGAAGCUGUAAGAUGUUGUCAACAAAUCAAAACUUUACCAGAGUUACUGGACCUGAAAAUUCCAAGCAUAGGGUUAACAGAUCAGAUCUCUGCAGACUGUAAAGAGUUGGUUAAAUCUCUGGCCAUGAAUAACAGCUACUGUAAAGAAAGUCACAAGUCCUUUGACCAACGUGACAGUGAUGUUCCAUGUAAACAUGUAAAGUUGGAGAAGGACAGCUCUGUGUGUGAUACAGGUGAUUCUGUAAGCAAACCGUAUGUGGUGGACAGAGAAACAGGACAGCACCAGACCAAGGUUGUACUUAAUCUCCAACAAUUUGUAGAGGACAAGCAGUUGCUUGUUGGUAAAGAUGGCUAUGAUAAGAACCUGAAAUUCUCAGAAUUUUUAUAUGGAGGAGAUAUGAUAUCAGACACACUAACAGAAUCUUAUCUUUUACACGAAGCUGUUGGAAAAUUACAAAAGUAUGGAGCAGGAACUAUUGUCUAUGUAGUACCUGACAGUGGGUAUUUCUCCCAGCAGAGAGUAGACCUAUCAACUAGGGCCAUCUGGCCUCAGGACCAUUCCCACAAACACGUUUACCUUGUCCAUGGUCCAGUCAAAUCCAGGAGACAGACACAAGCUAACCUUAAAACUGCUGCAGACUUCAUACAGCUGAGAUUUUCUCAGAUGAAGGCGGCUGCGUUAAUGAAAUAUGGAGAGGAGGUUAAUGGUCCAGGAUGGCAGUCCACUAUUUCUGUUCUCACUUCGGCAGGGAUCAAGUUUGAAAUGCUCUCAACUGUCAGCAGAAGUGCAGUUAAGCUGGAUUUAUCGGAAGGCGAGAGUGGAACUGGUAAUGACAAUCGAACUGGUUCUUUUGUCAUGUAUAACUGUGCAAGGCUAGCGACACUCUUUAAGCACUAUGAAGAUUCAGUAAGGAAAGGUCAAUACCCUCCACUUCCAGAUAUCAAAGAUGUGGAUUUCAGUCUCCUCAGAGAAGAGGAUGAGUGGUCAUUAUUCUUCCUGUACAUAUUCCCAUACCCUGACUUGAUAAGAGAGACCAUUGAGGAACUGGUACCGACAUCAGGUGGCAUCUCAACCAAAAUACACACGCACAAGAUCUGUAACUUACUCAUAAACUUCAGUCAUAGUCUGAGUUCCUACUACAGCAGGACACAUAUCUUAGGGGAGAACCGCCCCCAUCUGCUGCCGUUGAUGUAUGCUCGUUUGUACUUCCUGAAGAUCGUGUUCAAGGUACUGAGUCAUGCCCUCAGUCUCAUUGGCAUAGAACCCAUGUCACAGCUGUGA